GCUGAGCGGUGUGGGGCGGGGCGGAGGCAUCAGCUGCCUGUUUUGUUGUGGUGCUUGGGUCGGUGUGUUGGGAAAGGGGCCAGCGCAGCCGAGGCUGGGGUAGCUCCGGCCAGGACUGAGCGAACGAGCUGUGACACCUCUCCCCGGCUCCAGCUUCGCUGAGGAUUUCUAGAGCUUGUUUUUUUUUAUUAUUAUUAUUUUAUUUUAAGCGAUAGAGAAAAUGGCUCGACCUCUCCCUUUGAACCCCACUUUCCUACCUCCGACUUACGGGGUGCUGAAAUCCCUGCUGGAAAACCCUCUCAAGCUGCCGCUAAAUCACGAAGACGCAUUUGGUAAAGAAAAAGACAAAGAAAAGAAGCUAGAUGAUGACAGCACCAGCGCAUCAGUCCCCCAGUCAGCUUUCUUGGGGCCAACGUUAUGGGACAAGACGCUGCCAUAUGAUGGAGACACUUUCCAGUUGGAAUACAUGGACCUGGAAGAAUUCCUCUCGGAAAAUGGAAUUCCUCCCAGCCCAGCCCAACAUGACCACAGUCCACACCAGCCAAAUCUCCAGCAAGCUACCUCAGCAGCACCCUCUGUCAUGGACCUCAGCAGCAGGGCAUCUACAUCAAUCCAUCCGGGCAUGGUGUCUCAAAAUUGCAUGCAGAGCCCAGUCAGACCAGGUCAGAUCUUGCCAACAAAUCGUAACACGCCAAGUCCCAUCGACCCUGAGACAAUCCAAGUUCCCGUGGGUUAUGAACCUGACCCUGCAGAUCUUGCUCUCUCCAGCAUUCCUGGCCAGGAGAUGUUUGACCCUCGUAAACGCAAGUUCUCUGAGGAAGAGCUCAAACCACAGCCGAUGAUUAAAAAAGCCCGUAAAGUCUUCAUUCCAGAAGAUCUGAAGCAGGAUGACAAAUACUGGGCAAGACGUAGAAAGAACAAUAUGGCUGCCAAGCGAUCGAGAGACGCCCGGAGGCUGAAGGAAAACCAGAUUGCCAUCCGCGCCUCUUUCCUGGAGAAAGAGAACUCAGCCCUCCGCCAAGAAGUGGCUGACUUACGGAAAGAGCUGGGCAAAUGCAAGAACGUGCUGGCGAAGUAUGAAGCUCGGCACGGGCCCCUGUAAAUGGCCAUUUUUAUUCCUUCUUUUUUGUUGUGGGUUGGCAUUUUAAUAGAUGGACAAUGUGUUUCCUGUUUGAUAGCACCACACCCAAACCAACCUGUCUGUCAUCAGCACUUUACCAGAAGCAGAAACAAAACUGACUUACUAUUAUUAUUUUUCAUUUGUGUAUGCGUGUGUGUGCACAUCUCAGCGUUUUUAUGAACCCCUCUUCAAAGGGUGACACAUUUUUACCUGGACUAUUAAGAACUGCCAUAGUAUACUUCUCUUUUUUUUUUUUUUUGGUCAGUGCUGCUUCUGAUUAGGAUUUUUAUGUUGUUCUAAACAGUUUCAUCCUCACCAUUUACUUGCAAAGGUCCCAGUAAAAAUAAACCAUAACAAUUAAAAAAAAGGUAGAUCUCAGUUUUCAAGAGUAACAAGCUAUUGUUUAAUUAUGUCUAAUCAGAAAAGUUAACAUGCUAAUGAAGUGCACAAACAAUAAUUCAGUACAACACUACAGAAAUAUUAAUUUAUAGAUUGCUUUUGUUGUAUUUUAAGUUUUGGUGAUAGCUGUCUUCAGAUUUAAAGUGCUGUUAGACUGAAUUAGCUCUGCUCGUUAUAGAUCCCAUUAUGACUUAUCUAUAUCUACUAAGUCUCCUUUUAUUUCCACAAACGCCAGAUAGAUAGGAGUACUAUUAAUAGAAUACAGAGUGUGUAUUUUGCACUGUCUGUACCUAAAGCAAUAAUCCUAUUGUGCACUAGCGCAUGCUGCCUAGGUGUUCCUAGUGGACGUAGGAUGACUUCCCUACCUAAUAAGAGUUUUAAUGUCUUAUAAAUAAAAGACCCAUUGUUAUGAGCAUGGUGAAAGCAUCCCUGGAACAGAAUGUGUGUAUGAAAGAGAGAGGACAAUUAGUCGAUACAAGAACAAAAUUAAAAAGUAUCAAAUCCGAUUUGAUGUUGAAAUUAGAGGAGUUUUUCUUUUAGUUUUCAUUUAAUUUUGCAUUGCUCGGAGUCCCAUUUUGUGAUUAAUUAACUAUUCAUUUUUCCACUUUUUGUAAUAUAUUUUCUGAGGACUAUAUCUUGCUGUUUUAAAAUCAUUUUUAUUCAGUUAGAAGAGUCACUGUUUUGCAAACCCCACUUUUUCUAGUGAUGUUAUUUUGAGCAUGUCUUGAACUGAUUGUUCUGAACUUUAUCCUGUUUUCUCUCUACCUGCUUUUGAACAUAUGUUCUGUUACAAAGUGGACUUCUGAAAACGAAUGUGAGAAACACUGGUGAAUUUCAGAAGGCCAUGGUGUUGUCGUAUACUGUGGUUAAUCUAAUCAAUUUAUAUGUUUACUAUAGACCAAAAGAAUAGAUAUUAUAAAAUGUAUAAAGUUUAUACAGAAUAAUUAUAGUAUGGGGUGUUUUGUACAGUAUUUUUCAAAUACAAAUACUGACAGUGUAUUUUGAAAGACAUAUUAUAUAUAGCAAAGAAAAAGAAAAGGCUAUUCCAUGUUUAAAAUAUAUAGUAAAGAUCUAUAUUCACCAAUAUUGUACAGAGAGGAAGUGCUUUAGGGUUUUUUGAGCUCUUUAAUAUUUUAAACCUACCACUGACACAUCAGCAUAUGUUGUGCUUUAAAUUGAAAACUUCUGAAGGUAAUACGGCUUGACAGGGUGAUUCAUAUAACUAAAAUAUUAAAAGGCUUUAUAAUUUUCCAUCAGAAACGUAUAAAGAAUGUGUUUGACACAGACAAAGCACAACAUAGAGUUUAGUCAAAUAUAUAUUGGACAAUGCAAUAUUUUGUAGAGGCAGAAAAGUAAUGUAGACUACAAAAAAAAUCUCAUGCUCAUUUCAAAUCUGCUGCUGCUAGAAUUUGUUUCCAUCUGAAAUUCUUAAUAAAUAGCCUUGGUCAUUUAUACACUUUUAUGUAUUGCAUACAUUUAUUUACCUCUGAGGAAAAUACGGUGCUACAUAUCUGGCUCACAUAGUUUUCUAGGGUGUGGGGGUUUUUUUGUCUUCAAAUAAAAAUGGUUGUUCAUUCCAGUAAAUCAUAUUAUUGCUUAAGGAAGUCGUUACAAAGAACUAAACAUUUUGUUCUACAUUAAACAUAUCCUUUCAUCAAUGGCAUUUUUUCCAUUUUUUUCCCCUUCAAAAUCCACAGGGUCCCUUAAUACUCAGUAGUUUCCUGUGGACCAUUAAUUCUGUGGAUUGCAUGUCCAUGAGCUUCAGGAAAGGUCAGAGCAUAGAAAGUCAAUUAUUGUCCAGUAUAAACCAGAUGGGCUGUGUGGAAGAUGUAUUUGUUGGAUACAAGUUAAUAUAGCCACUGACCAGAAAACAAACUGAUUUUUUUUAAGGUUCUUUGGUAAUGGCAGGGUUCUAGAAGAUGCCAGUAACAUGGACACACAGUGGCAAAUGGCAACAAUGUUGGAAUGCCAUCUUUUGUGACAUCCUGCAGCUGAAGUUUGAAAUAGCAGAAAUUGUGGUUGUGAAAUCAGCUGGGAAUUAUUGGUAGUUCGCAUUGUUGUCACAAUCGUUCAUCCAAACGUACACAGGCAGCUGAGAGAAUUUAUAAAUGAGCACUUUUGUCAUUUUUUUUUAAGUGGGGUAAAGGGGUGAGUAGACACACUUGUUUUUGUAGGGUGGCUAUCUCAGACUUAUUUAUUGGGGGGUGGGGGAGGAGGAACAAGAUAGGCUUUCCACCAUGUGCCAGCAGAGGUUUCUAGCAGCUACCUCAUCCACCAUCACAAACACUUCUGAGUCUGUUCAGGUGCCUUAUAUCUAUAGGUCAUGCAUACUGUUGGAGUGGUAUGAAGGUUUGACAAAUGCAUCCUGCACAACAAAACAAAACUAUGUUUUUGACUUGGAGAGACUCAGAAUAAUCAGGAAGGGCUGUGGAAGUCCAGUAGCUAAUAAUAUUAAAGUAAUGCCCUGGAGCGCUGCUAUCUAGAGUUGUCAACUUUUCCAUAAAAGCCACCAUUGGCGCCAUCAUUUUUAGGGGUUUAUAACUAGGGCAUUUAGGCUAGGAUUGUCUGAGGUACCUAAAGGAGUCAGGGACUCCUCUCUUACAGUGGGAUUUGGGUACCUAACGUAUUUAAAAUAACCGUCUGGGAUAAACCCUUGAAAUAUAAAUUCUCAGCCUAAGACACUUUCCCAAAAGAAUAACAAUUUUUAAAACAUUCUUUUACCUUGUAUUCAACUUAUAAGGACACUGUAUCAGGGAUACUCAAGAUUCUGAUGAGCCUUAUUGACUCUAAAGGAGUUCUUAGGUCUGUCAAAUUAUAUGGCCUUUAAAAAGGAUCUAACGAUGUAUUUACACGAUAAUCCACUGAAAUCUAAUAAGUAAACAAUAAGCAUUUGCUAAAUGUUUGCUUUAUGGUAGCCCUUCAGUCAGUUAUUUCAACUUUAAAAAAAUACCACUGUUUAAAAAAUAAAUCAUUUUCAAUUUCAAUUCUAGUCAUACAGGUUUUAUUGCCUUAGGAAUUAGGGGGUCUUCUGAUGCUGUUGGCACUUAAAUAACCAGCAUCAUGGAAUGAAAGUGCUGACUUAAAUCCACAAAAUCAAGGAAUUCAGAGCUAAAGGAAAACAUUCUGGGCUGACAUUUCACACUUAAUUCAUUCUGCUGUGCCUGUCUAUUGCAGCGUCAAUAUGCUACCUAACAUCACAGACACUGAAUCGAGGCCUCUGCAAAAUGGGAUGAAUUAAGGAUUGAAUGAUCUUGCCUUUGUGGGUUUGUCAGCCAUUAAUGUUACUUUAAAAAUGAUUUUUGUGUGUGGUUUAUUGGAGAGAGAAGUGUGGUUUAAUUUUUGUUUUUUAAAACUUGGGAAAAAAAUAUUUAAAAAUUACAAGUGAUCAACCAUUGUAUUUUGGGCAACACCACAAGACAGCAUCUGUUUAAAUACAAGUUUAACAUGUAAGAUCAAAUUAAAUGUAUGUCAUGAAUUGGAUUGCAUCCUAUAUGCUGUUCAGCCCAGAUCUUUUUGUCUGUUCUUCUUAAUGUUUAAUAAACUUUUAAAUUUU